GAUCGAUGUUUACGGCAUCCCGCUGAACGCUCAACGACGCGUUAUUACAUCAGAAACGCUAUGAAGCUGACGACAUAAGCGCGCAUGGAUUGUGGCCAACGUCACACUGUUCGGAGCAUACAGUAUAUAUAAAGCGGGCCGGCAAAUUGGCGUACAGUAGCGUAUCGUAUGGUAGUCUAUGGGUGUCUUACGUGAAAGUGGUUUACAAAAAAUAAGUUAUACAUCGUGAAAAUAAAAUUCAGAGAGAGAAGAGAGAGAGAGAGAGAGAGAACAGGUUUUUAAUUCUUUGCGAUCCGUAAUCCACUGGAGUCGCACGCACGUGGCAUCAAAGGAAGCCGACAUAUUGCAAGAUGUGCGGAAUCUGGGCACUAUUCGGGCUGGACAAGCAAUCCAUGACCUGCAUCUGUGAGAACUUCGACAAAAUUUCGCACCGCGGCCCGGAAGCAUUUAAAAUAGAAUUCGACAACAGAGUCAAAAAUGGAUAUCUGGGAUUUCAUCGAUUGGCCAUCGUCGAUGGUCUCUAUGGAAUGCAGCCGAUGAGAAUUCAUGAAUAUCCACAUUUAUUCCUCCUAUGUAAUGGAGAAAUAUACAACUGCGAGAGAUUGCAGAAACAACAUCAAUUCGAAUACUCUACUAAUUGUGAUGUGGAAGUAAUUAUGCAUAUGUAUGCCUGUGCUGGUAACAAUGUUGCUCAAUCAUUGGAUGGUGUAUUUGCAUUUUGUCUGAUGGAUGUCUUAAAGAGGAGGAUACUGAUAGCUAGAGAUCCAUAUGGCGUAAGACCUUUGUUCAGAUUACAUUCGGAUGAUGGACAAUUGGGUAUCUGUUCAGAGAGCAAGGGUCUGAUGGCAAUAUCGAAACACAUAGAAAGCAACUGGACAAUAAAGCCAUUUCCUCCAGGACAUUAUGAGGAAUAUGAAAUUUUGCAAAAUGGUCGAACUAAGCUUCUGGAGAGUCGCUGUUAUUUCAAGCCCAGCGAUAAACCUUCUUUCCUCCCAUUUGUUCCUUGGAAUGUUUUGACUCCAAAUGAUGUUCAUGGCAACAUCCGAAAGCUGCUUUCAGCAGCCGUGGAGAAACGACUGAUGGCCGAUAGACGGAUAGGAUGUUUAUUGUCAGGUGGAUUAGAUUCUAGCUUGGUUGCUGCUUUAUUAGUAAAGCAAGCGAAGGAAUGUAAUUUAAAAUACAAGAUACAGAGCUUCGCGAUAGGUAUGGGUGACAGUCCAGAUAUCAUCGCUGCUAGACAGGUUGCAGAAUACAUCGGAACUGAGCAUCAUGAAAUUAUCUUUACGCAGCAAGAUGUAAUCAAUGUACUGGACAAUGUCAUAUAUUCUUUAGAAACAUAUGACAUUACUACUAUUCGUGCUUCAAUUGGGAUGUAUCUCAUUUCAAGAUACAUAAAACAAAAUACCGAGACGACUGUGAUCUUUAGUGGAGAAGGUGCGGAUGAGUUGGCACAAGGCUACAUUUACUUCAGAGAUGCGCCUGACGCAAUAAACGCACACAAUGAAUCUCUUAGAUUGUUACAAGACAUAUAUUUAUAUGAUGGUUUGAGAGCAGAUAGAACAACCAGUGCCUUCAGUUUGGAACUCAGAGUUCCGUUUUUAGAUCUUCAGUUCACGAACUAUUAUUUGUCGUUGGAGCCUGGUAGUAGACAACCACAAGAUGGAAUUGAAAAGCAUUUGUUAAGAUCUGCGUUUGAUAGAACUGGUUUACUGCCUAACAAUAUACUUUGGAGGCAUAAAGAGGCAUUCAGUGACGGCGUUGCUUCCAUAAAGAAAUCUCUUUUCCAAAUAAUCCAAGAAAUCGUAGAAGAUCGUGUUUCAAACGAGGACUUGGAGAACGCUUAUACCAAGUAUCCUCAUUGCACUCCAAGAACGAAGGAAGCGUACUACUACAGAAAUGUCUUCGAGUCGCAUUAUGAGGGACAAGCGGAAAGUUUUACACCUUACUUCUGGAUGCCACGUUGGGUAAAAGGCGUUAUCGAUCCGUCUGCACGAUUUAUUAAACAUUAUGCUGCAAACGAAGAAAGUCGGCUUACAACGACUUAAGGAAUAAAGAUUAAGAAUGUGCAUGAUGUAUGUAUACUAUGAUGAUUUUAAUAUGAAAUUA